ACGACCAGUUUGGUGCCAACCACUAUGAGGACCUAGUCCCACAUUGUAAGAGAGAACAAGCCAGCGACAGGGAGAGAUUAGACUGCGUGGAGUUUCGGCCGCCAUGGAUGAGAAAUCUUCAAGUGAAACCAGAGGAAACCCCAUUCGAUGUAGAGCUGCGGUUAAUCGCAAACCAGGUGAGCCACUAGUGAUAGAGGAGGUCAUGGUUGCACCUCCGAUGCCUCAUGAGGUUCGGAUUCGAAUCAUAUGCACCUCUCUCUGCCACAGCGAUAUCACUUUCUGGAAAUUGAAGGAUUUUCCUGGAAUUUUUCCAAGGAUUCUCGGACACGAAGCUAUCGGGGUUGUUGAAAGUGUGGGAGAAGAUGUAGAUGAAGUAAGUGAAGGAGAUACUGUCAUCCCUACGUUCAUGCCAGAUUGUGGAGAUUGUGUCGAUUGCAGGUCAAAAAAGAGCAACCUAUGUUCAAAACUCCCUUUCAAGGUAUCUCCGUGGAUGCCUAGACAUGAGACCAGCAGAUUCACUGACCUCAAAGGAGAGGUUUUAUAUCAUUUUCUAUUUGUCUCAAGCUUUAGUGAGUAUACAGUGGUAGACGUUGCCCAUGUAACAAAAAUUGAUCCCUCAAUCCCUCCAAACAGGGCAUGCCUUCUUAGCUGCGGAGUAUCAACAGGGGUUGGUGCUGCUUGGAGAACAGCAGAUGUGGAGAAAGGAUCAACUGUUGUUAUUUUUGGGCUGGGGUCUAUUGGAUUAGCUGUUGCAGAGGGAGCUAGACUUUGUGGAGCUACAAAAAUUAUUGGUGUAGAUCUGAACCCAGACAAAUUUGAAACUGGAAAAAAAUUUGGAGUUACAGACUUUGUCAAUUCUGGAAACUGUGGAGACAAAUCCGUGAGCCAGGUGAUCAAUGAGAUGACAGAUGGGGGCGCGGACUAUUGCUUUGAAUGUGUUGGAAUGGCAUCGUUGGUGCAUGAAGCAUAUGCUUGUUGCCGAAAGGGUUGGGGAAAAACAAUUGUGUUAGGAGUGGACAAGCCAGGGGCAAAAUUGAGCCUCAGCUCUUUUGAGGUCCUUCACAGUGGGAAAAGUCUCAUGGGAUCCUUAUUUGGAGGACUCAAAGCUAAAUCUGAUAUUCCCAUCCUCCUUAAAAAAUACUUAGACAAGGAACUACAGCUGGAUGAAUUUGUAACACAUGAGGUAAGAUUUGACGAUAUCAACAAAGCUUUUGAUUUACUAAUUGAAGGAAACUGUCUGCGAUGUGUAAUUUGGAUGGACAAACAAGUAAGCUCCUAGUUUGGGAAUUGCUUGGAUUUCACAAGCAACUGGUUUUUAUUUUCAGCUAGUUCCGUAUUGUAAUCCCAUCACCAUGGAAGUUUCAGUGUUUGAUCAAAUAAUAGCUGUCUUAAAAUAUGUAUGUUAUACAUUAAUGAUUGGACAGCUCUUUCAAUUUUCUGUAAGAAUGUUACACUAUGACACACUAAGUGCAUCAAUAAAAAGGCUACUCCUAGUAGAAGUGGUAGAAUUAUUCCAAGUA